AUGGCCGCUAAAUCGGAUGGAGCAGCAGUUUCUCUGGAAGAUGACAACCCGCCCAGGAGCCUCUCGGAGCCGGGGAACCCAUGCACCCCGGUGUCCCGGCGGCCCGAGGCCGGCGGGAGAGCCUACACCCUGCUGGACUGCUGCUGGCUCAUCUGUGCCCUGCUCGUCUUCUUCUCCGACGGCGCCACGGACCUGUGGCUGGCCGCGGACUACUACCUGCGGGGCUACUACUGGUGGUUCGGCUUGACGCUCGUCUUUGUCGUGGUGCCCUCCGCCGUCGUCCAGGUGUUGAGUUUCAGGUGGUUUGUCUAUGAUUACACGGAGCACAGCGCUGGAGGAGGAGCAGCCUGCGGCGGCGGGAGCUGUGCGGCGGGCGGCGGCGUCUCAGCGUCCGACGACGCUUUCAGUACCAAGGACAGCGACAAGCGCAGCGGCGGAGCGGCGGCGGGGAACGACGCCAACGUUACCCCCGUGUUCGUGUCCUCUGCCCCGCUUGCCACGCCUGGGAGGGUCGGCUCCCCGCGGAGGUGCUGUACCGUCUGCAUGUGGGUCUUUCAGACGGUGCUUCACGUCCUGCAGCUGGGGCAAGUGUGGAGAUACAUACAUGCCCUCUACCUCGGCGCUCAGAGCCGCUGGCACAGCAAUGGGUACCUACUUCACUUCCACUGGCGGUUGAUGUUUGAGAGUGCUGACAUCACCAUGCUCCGCUUGCUGGAGGCCUUCCUGAAGUCUGCCCCCCAGCUUGUCCUGCAGCUGAGCAUCAUGAUCCAUGGAAACACUGUACUCCCUCUGCAAGGUCUCUCAGCUUCAGCCUCCCUGGUUUCACUGGCCUGGAUGAUCGCCUCCUACCAGAAGGUUCUCCGGGACUCCCGUGAUGAUAAGAUGCCCAUGUCCUACAAGGCUGUGAUUGCCCAGAUGCUUUGGCAUUUCUUCACUAUCGGGGCAAGGACCGUGGCAUUUGCCCUCUUUGCUUCUGUCUUCCAGCUCUACUUUGGUAUCUUCAUCGUCAGCCACUGGUGUGUCAUGACCUUCUGGAUCAUUCAGGGUGAGACGGAUUUCUGCAUGUCUAAGUGGGAGGAGAUAAUCUACAACAUGGUUGUGGGAAUCAUCUACAUCUUCUGUUGGUUCAAUGUCAAAGAAGGUCCCAGCCGCUUCCGUAUGACACUCUACUACUCUGUGACAGUGGCUGAGAACAUUGCACUGACAGCCGCCUGGUACACCUACCGUGGCCCACUAACCUCUGACUCCUCUGCCCUGGUGGUGGUGUGCCUGGUGGCCUGCAGCUCUGCCUUGGGAACCUUCUUUAUGCUGUUUUACUACUGCUGGUUGCACCCAGAUGGGCCUGUUCUAGGCUCCCAGUGGGGAGGAUGUGUAGAUGAAGGUGUGGUGGGGUCUGGCGGGGUAGUUGGAGUUAUUGAUGCUUGCCUUACUCCAUCCCAAGGGUCCCAAACAGACAUGGUCAUUACCAGUCCUCCAAGGACUCUACCCAGGACUAAAGACACGGGGGAACCAGCUCCCGGGGAGCGGGACAGGGACAGGGACAGAGACAGCUGCCUACCUGUAUUUCAGGUACGGCCCUCACCGUCCUCCUCACCUGCUCUACUUCACAGGAACUCCUCUUUAUCCCGUGCACAGGAGGGACCUGUAAUUAGGAUCGACCUCCCACGAAAGCGAUACCCAGCCUGGGAUGCACAUUUUAUUGAUCGACGCAUCCGCAAAACCAUCCUGCUUCUGGAGACAACAUCAACUGUCAGCCCUCGGAUACAGUACAGGAGUAGCAUGAUGGGCAGCAAAGAGGUAUUAGAAUAUGAGACGACUGUUUAAGCCAACAGAGGCUUGUAUGUAUUGAAGUGUAGUUCAGAACCAAGGUUCAGUCUGGAAUCAGUCCUCCCAUGCCAGAAGAAACAUGAUAAGACACAGUACUGAGGAACUUUUUUUAAGAAAAGAGCUCACUAAAACUUGACUGUAAAAUGUGAUGCGCAAUCUGGGACCAAAGCUGUUAAGGACUACAAUAGCAAGAAGAGCCUUGGGAAGUUAAAGGAGUAAUAUUGGACUUUUAUAAUCUCAAUUUAUUUUUUAAUAGUUUGGAUGUGGCGAAAAAUCAGUCUUACACCUAGGAUCAAGAAGUGUUACAUUUCUCUUGGUCAUGGAUGGUCAGUGCAAAUAGUAGAAGAAGUUAUACAAUUUUAAGUUGUGGAGUUUGAGAUAAUUGAAAAGAGUUUGCUGCAUGAACUUGAGCCUCGGAUCCAACAGGCACUACAGAACAUUUAAAAAGUGAUUGCUAGAAUGUGCAUGGGACAUGCAAUUUAUAACGAAAUUAGACAGUAAAAUAAAAUGGGGAGUCUUUACCUAAAAUAUAGAAAUGAAUCAAAGAUGACUGGACUUCUGUUGAAAUUUCUAUUGUAGAUGUUUUUCUUUCCAACCAAAUUAAACCCAGGUAAUAUUACUUUAUUAAUUCCAAGCUGGAAUUUAUUAUCCAAGAGAAUCAGACAUGUUGUUUGUUUCUAUCUAAAUCACCAAUUCAUUAAUGUGGUGGUAUGCUUCAUCAUUAUAGAAAUACACUGCCGUUAAAAAAAAAUUGUAGAAACAAGGGAUUCGCUGUCAGAAGUGAAACUGAUAAGAGUUUGGUAAUUUUUCUUCAUGGUUUCCUGUCAUUCUUCCAAAAGGUUGCAUGCCCCCCAUAAAAAUUUACUUGUUGCCCUAAGCUUUCCAUCAGUGGUGUCCAAAAAGAGAUGUGGUCCUGCAUACACAGCUCCAAUCUCAUUUCACCAUGAGAAUGCAUACGCUGCAGCUCACAGCUCCAUGUAGUUCCCGGUGGUUUAUGACAUGUAGGCCGAGUUACAAGGGAUACCCAUCAGCCAUGCAUAUGUGUCAUAAUAGCAGGCAAAAGUCUCACUAUUUACAUCCCAGCUCUGUCACGGUCAACCUGCAAAAAGACUUCUUUGGAAAAUGCAAUUAGAACAUUU